AAACAGUGGAAGAACAAGCGGCGGAAACGCCGAUUACGUGAAGAAGCAGAAUCCCACAAGUAGAGAAGUAGAGCCCUGCUUUCGCAUUUUCUAAUUCCGUAAUCCAUGAAAGCGAGAUCACAAACUCUGAUCCAGUGGCCGCCAGCCGUGCCCGCCCUCAUUCUGUACUGUAGCCAUCGAUUGUACAAACCUUAUAAAUCCCUACUUUCUCAUCUACUCUUUCACUCAAAUGGCUCUUUCUUUGCCCUUCUCUUCCCCUCCACUGUUACCUCGCCAUUUCCACCAUUUUCUUCGAUUGCGACCGGCGGCGGUCACUGGAGCCCCGCCUUCUUACCCUUCCUCGACGCCGACGGUGCGAUCUCCGGAGAAGAAGGUGCAGAAGAAUGCAAACAGUGAUGUGAAUCUGGAGGUGCUUUAUGAUGACAAGUCCGGGACGGAGAGUGUGAAGGAUUAUCUGGAUGCUUCAAGGGAGAUUAUCAAAUCCGAUGGCGGGCCGCCCCGCUGGUUUUCUCCGCUCGAGUGCGGUCAGCCAGUACAGGGUGCUCCUUUACUGUUGUUCUUACCGGGUAUAGAUGGGACAGGGUUUGGGCUGAUUUUGCAUCACAAAUCUCUUGGUAGAGUUUUUGAAGUUCGGUGCUUGCACAUUCCAGUCAUUGAUCGUUCCGAGUUUAAAGAACUUGUGGCAUUGGUUGAGUAUUCUGUGAAGCAUGAGCACAGGCUAUCUCCUAAUAGGCCAGUUUAUCUUGUUGGAGAUUCAUUUGGAUGUUGCUUAGCUCUUGCAGUUGCUGCUCGUAACCCCAUUAUUGAUCUUGUGCUAAUCCUAGUUAACCCAGCUUCUUCAUUUGGGAGAUCACAGUUGCUGCCCUUGCUUCCAGUUUUAGAGGCUUUACCUAGUGAUCUUCAUGUUGCUAUUCCUUACCUACUCAGUUUCGUCAUGGGUGAUCCUGUGAAGAUGGCUAUGGCUACUGUUAAUGAUGAUCUUCCUCCUCAGCAAACUUUUGAUGAAUUAUCGAAAAGCCUUACAGCUUUGUUGCCUAGGCUUUCGGAUUUGGCAGAUAUUAUACCAAAGGAUACACUCAUCUGGAAGAUCAAACUUCUUAAAUCAGCAAGCUCAUAUGUCACUUCUCGUCUGCAUGCAAUAAAAGCAGAAGUUCUAGUACUUGCCAGUGGAAAGGAUAACUUGCUACCGAGCAAGGAUGAAGCAGAUAGAUUGUCGUCUUCACUUAAAAACUGUCGUGUGCGCUAUUUUAAGGACAGCGGUCACACAUUGCUCUUUGAAGAUGGAAUUAAUCUUUUGACUAUCAUUAAAGGUGUCAAUAUGUACCGGCAUUCUAAAUGUAUUGACUUUGUUGAAGAUUAUCUUCCUCCUACAAUAGGUGAAUUUAGGAAAUCAUUUGAGCAAGGCAAUAGAUUAUUCCACCAUGCAAUCAGUCCAGUAAUGCUGUCCACCCUUAGAACUGGAAGAAUAGUGAAGGGUCUUAAUGGCAUCCCAAAUGAAGGUCCUGUUUUGUUAGUGGGUUAUCAUAUGUUGAUGGGACUCGAACUUUCUUCAAUAUAUGAAGCAUUUCUGAGGGAGAAAAGAAUCAUCAUCCGUGGUAUGGCACACCCAUUUUUGUUUUCAAGCAGAAAAGAAAAUUCACAGCAAGAAUUUUCUCGCUUCGAUGAAAUGAAUGUCUUUGGUGCAUUGCCUGUUUCGCCAAUGAACUUAUAUAGGCUACUUGCGAAGAAAUCAUUCGUGCUUCUUUAUCCAGGAGGUGCACGUGAAGCACUGCAUCGGAAGGGGGAAGAAUAUAAAUUAUUUUGGCCGGAUCAGCCUGAGUUUGUGAGAAUGGCUGCUCGGUUUGAGGCCACAAUUGUACCAUUUGGGGUUGUUGGAGAAGAUGAUAUAGCAGAGCUAGUACUCGACUAUGAUGAUCAAACAAGAAUCCCCUUCAUGAGAAAACGAAUAGAAGAAAUCAAUCAAGAUUCUUCUUUGAGAUUAAGGACUGAUAAGAGUGGUGAAGUUUCUAACCAGGAACUUUACUUUCCUUGGCUUCUGCCGAAGGUACCAGGUCGCUUCUAUUUUCUGUUUGGCAAACCAAUAGAAACAAGAGAAAUGAAGAGUAUUCUGAAAGACAGAGAGAACGCAAAUAAGCUUUAUUUGCAGAUAAAAUCUGAGAUUGAGAGCAUUAUUGCCUAUCUGAAGAGGAAGAGAGAAGAAGACCCGUAUAGGAGUAUCUUCCAAAGAGCAAUAUAUCAAGCUUCUUGGGGUGUAGAUUCUGCUCCCACAUUUGAACCUUGAAUUAAUAUUAAAUUCAUCAAAAUUUGUAUCUGAAUCAUCAAUCAAUAGUAAUUUUGUACAUCCUUUGAUGUUAAAUCAAUUUUAAUUUAUUGCAGGAAUCAUUCAGGUUCCUCUUUUUCGUU